AUGUGGUCGGAUGAUGACGACUUUUUUGCGUAUUCACCGUAUUAUUUCGGUUCCGAUAUGGAAGACAGUGAUGUCGACGUGUACAACUUUGAUGAAGAUGACUUUGAAAUGUUGAGGAAGUACGUAGAUUUAGCCGCUCUUCUCCGUCGAGGUCGAGAAGAAAGUUAAGGUUACCAAACCAUCAGCGUCAUCAAUUACAGAAAACACUCCUGCCACUGCCACCACUACUUACCAGCUACUCUCUCUUCAAGACUUGUGUUGUCGUGUCAUUGCGUUGAGGUUCCCGUUCGCUUACAUUGAGCAUCGUUCCCCUCCAAUUCCAGAUGAACUGCAAUUGAAGAUAAUCGGGUUUUCGUUUCCAGAGGAUGAGCAGAUGAUGAUGAAGUAUGCACAGUUUAGCCGUGGUGGUGUCGACGUAAGCUUAAACACGGCGAGAUCAGUGGUUGGAAACGUGAAAAAUCUGAAUCAGAUUGGUAGGUAUGACUUGACAAUGGUGCUGUUAUAGCAAAAAAAAUAAUAAUAAAAUAAGUAAGGUUGUAUCAAUGUGAGUUUUGCUCAAAUUCCAGGGAUUUUAAAAAAAUUUUCACGUGUCCAGUUUAAGCUUAAGAUUUAACGUAUAAAUUGUACAAGUAACUAAGGACUCAAUUCUUCACCUUCUUAUUUUCAUACUGUGAUAUUUUAGGCUGGAAACUAACGGCUUAAUGACACAGUGUAUGGUAACCUAAAGCAAUCAGUGUUAGUCCAUGUUAAUAAUAUCAAAUAAGCCGUUAUGUAAAUAUCCAAUUUGCCCCAUUGUCCAUACCUUUAACCAGUUUGCCCCCUUUGUCGCAUUGUUCAGUGUGUUGCUUUUGAGGUACAUGUGCAACUCACCCUGGUUACAUGUAUAAAGCCUGGUUCUCAUAUGCUGCCGAUGUAUCUGUGACAUAGCCACCGGUACAGCCUGGGACACGUCUUGGACGAAUGAGAACAUGUGCCCCCGGCAACUGGAGCCAUCGCAGGGCUCUACCGCCGGCAUGCCUGCGAAGUUGAACUUGAGUCAACUUUGCAGGCAUGCCGGGGGUAAAGACUGGGAUGAGCAAUGUUGCCGGCCACUUCUGUUCUCAUAUCUGAACAGCAUCCCAGGGAGUACCGGCGGCCAUGUAGCAGGUGCAUCGGCAGCAUAUGAGAACCAGGCUUUAUAACUCUAUUGAAAAUGUGACCCCAUUAUAGUCAAUCCAGUCAUGAAAAUGCUACCCCAUCCAGUGGCACAUCCCCAUUAGCCUCUUAUGAGGAAGUACCCCCCUUCCCCUCCCACGGGGUAACUCACAGCCCCUUUGCUGACUCAAUCGCCGUUAGGCUUGUUUUCACUUGUGACGAAGUCAGUGAGAGUCAUAAGCACAGUUGUUAGGAUAAUCUUUCAGUAAAAAUAUAAAAUCAGAGUCAGAAGCAGAGCCAUAGGUAUGACAGAAUUGAAGAUGACAGAAUCAGAACAUUCCAUAAAAUUCUAGAUCUGCUUAGGGUUUUAUCUCUAUUGCUUACCUGUGCAAUGAACUGAACACUAGAUUCUGGAAAAAUUCCUCCAUGUAUGUAAGCCCCUCCAAAUAUAGGCCACCCAAACUUGUAAUGCAAAAAGACUCCUCUGUUAAAUCCCCCCUCCGAAUAUAAGCGCCUGAGGGCUUAUACUUAGAAAUUGCCUUAAACAAAACAAAAACUGGUACAGUAACACAUAUAUAUUUUUACUUGCCAACAAACUAUUACUUGUGCCAAAUGAUUGCAGUAAAAAUGUUUCACAGUUUAUUCCUGUUUGUGUUGUUCACUGUUCACUCUUUUCUUGGAUUUCUUUAGCCAUAGACAAAGUACUUGCAAGGAAGUUCUAUUCUUCCAUCCUGCACCCAAACUCCUUCUGGUGUAUUGCAUUUUCAGUGAAGCAAUUUGUGGUUUUGUUUUCAGUCGCGUGGCUGAGUUUUAAAAAGAGUCUACCUCCAAGAUGUUUUUCAGUAAAAAUUUCUGACAUAAAGUUUAUUCCAACUGUAAGCUAGCCCAGUCAAUUCUGAGACACAAAUUUUUCUCUAAGUAUAUAAGCCUAGCCAAUUUUGUAAUGCACCAUUUCUCUCUGUAUAUAAGCCCCUCAGAAAGGGCCUUUGAAAAGUGUAUUCCCUGGGGCUUUUUUUCAGAAUUUUGUGGUAUAGGAGUUGAAACCGGAAACAGACUGAUAACCAAUCACAAUGUUUUUCCAUGCUUUGUGAAUGAUUUAAUUUUUUCUGCCUCUGUUUAGGAGUAACAUAUACAAAAUUAUUAUUACGUGAACAUUUUUGUGGGCCUAAAUUUUACGUAUCCUGAAUAGGGUUGGUGUCCCUUAAUAGAAAUGUACCAAAGGAGAGGUUCCACUGUAGAUUGUAAGUGAGAGAGGCAUUGGAGGAAUCAGAAUUUCUGUUUUCGCCAUAUCAUACAGUACAAUUGUAAUAAUGCUCUAGAUGCUUCUGAUUAUGACUUGAAUUCUGAUUCUGUUGCUUGCGAAAGCCAGUUGCACAUGGUGGUUCCCUGCACAUAAUGGGGGCACUGAAGUGUCUAACCCAAACCCAGUGAUUCUUUCAGUAUUUUUUUUAAUCAAAUAAGCUGAUGGUGUGACAGAAUGAUAAUGAGUUUAAAACAGAAGGAAGGAUAGAAGCAAGGAUAGAAUUGAACCACACUGAAGGAUUGGAUUGUUUAACAAUAAUUUUUAAUGCAACAUCCAAUUUGCCCCGGGGGAGGGGGGGGGGUACUUUAGGAAUUUCUGGGUGGGGAUGUGCCGCUGGUUCCUGGAACCCUUAACCUAUACCAGAGCUAGAUCAGCUGAAUUUUGCUACCCUAUACUAGAUAAACUCCCCAAAUCCCCCUAUCCUAGAGUAGCUGUUUCCCUUGUCUAGAUAAAAUCUUCAACCAACUGAUCAGUUUCCUGAAAAAUGAUACCCUAUUCUAGACCCAAACGCUCUGAUUUAUAUACCCUAUCCUAGAGUAAACUGCCUGAAAACCAUACCCUUCACAGCGGCACAUACCUAUAUAGCCCAUAUAUGGCAAUACCCCCCCCCAGCAAUUUGCAUUCUGACUUAACUUUUGGUGAAUGUGAAAAAUGUAAAAUUGUGCAUGGAGCUUAAUGCACACGUCAAUAAAAAUUAAUGCUUAUGGAGGAUAAAAAGGGGCAUAGAUUCACUUUUACUGCAGUGUAAUUUUCUUUGGUGGUGGUAGAUUUGACCAAUUUUACAGUGGCUACAAGUUGCAUUUGCCGUCAAGUGAGUUUUCAGUUGAAACCCUUAAGUUUUCAUGGACAUCAAUCAACUCUUUCCAUGGUUUUUUCACUUGCUUCUCUCAUUGUUCCUGUUUGAAGGGGAAAGACAUGCAAGAAUAUUUUUUGAAUUAACAAGUCUUUCAAAUUCUGCAGAGAUGAUACAACCGAGAGGAAAAAUCUUUGGAGGGCACGUGUUAUUAGUACCACCACUGCAACAGCCUACAGUGUAUAAAAGUCCCUAACUUUGACCGGUGCCUUUAUUAAAUCUUGCAGGCUUCCGUUUGAGUGCCACGGUUGAUCAAAACAGGUGCAAUGACAGUGGCAAUGGUUUUCAUGUAACUGUUUACUUUGAUCGUGGCAAGAUAACCUCAGCUCACUGUUCAUGUGACCAGCCAACAAACUGGUGCGUGCAUGUUAUAGCAACAUGUUUGGCAAGAAUAAAGGACAAGAAUACUGUGACAAUUCGAAUGCCAGUCUCUGAUUCGCUUAAUUUUCUGGAUCGGGAUCAGUUGAUAAAAUUUGCCCAGUACCUUCUAUAUGAACACCAGAAUGAAAGUAUUAUUGAAACUGCACAACAGCUGCUUGAUAAGCUGUUGUCAAAAGAACAGAAAGGGCAAGAAGAAGACAUAAAUGCAAUUGCAGGUGCACCUGAUCCCACUGCUGGUCCUGGUAAGGCAGUCUUUAUCAUCGUCAUCAUCAUCAUCAUUUUAUUAUCAUCAUCAUCAUGCUUGUUAUUUUAUUUAUAAAAUUAUUAAUACUGUUAAAAGGCUAAAAAAUGUUUGAAAGGAAAUACAUUGUAAUUAAUCGCUCUGGAAAAGCAGCACAAUUGAAUCUAAUUUCUUUUCCAGUUGGUUUGCAUUUUUGAUUUCCAGUGCAUGGGUAGUUUUCCCCAAUGUAUCUUGUAGACUCUGUGGUUAGAAUAGUUAUCACAAGAAGUUUAAAUGCAAAAUGAGUUUUUUGAACAAGAAUGUAAAUUAUUAAGAGGGAAACCAACUGAAAGGAGUUUAGUUUACUUUAUUCCAAACUGUCCCGUUUCUGUUGGCGAGCAAAGCUUAAAUAUGCAAAAAUAACCCAUUUGUGCAUGAUCACGUGUUUUGUUGUGUUUGACAUUAUUAGGUCUUGAUGAAGAGGCUCACUGGUUUGUCUGUAGAAGUGGAUUCCAGUCCAGGUGUAAAAACUUGAUGUUUGGAUCCAAUAAAGAUCUAGGCUUUCUCAAGUAUGUUGAUGAGGAUAAUGAUGUUGAGGGUUCUGUUAAAGAAGUGUGGGAAAGAAACUGCCUUCAACAGCCACUUGUUAGAGGUACAACUGUUUAUAGCGGAGCUCCACGCGCGCGCGAAGCGCGCGCGUGGGCGGAGCCCCAUUGCUAAGUAAAUCUACCCAUCCCAGAAAAUUUGGUAAUCACGUGACCGUACACCGACCGCCCGCCGUCCGUCCGCACCACAGGAAAACCAAUGUUUACUCUCACACUUUUGCUAGUUUGGGAGCCCAAGAGAAAACUAAUUGCACAGGCUGCACAUCAAUGUUGUGAUCAAUUGACAGCUAUCAAAACAGGGCAUCCUCUGACAAGUAUCACCUGACCGUACCGCGGGCUCAAGUGUCGACCCAUCGAGGUCGAGUAUUUUUUUAAAGUUAUCCGCUGACAAAUUACCAGUUUCAAAUGAUCGCAGGCUCAAGUUUAUUUUUUCCAAGGAUUCAUAUCAAAUAUGUUGUGUUUAUGUCACUAUGGCUCCGCACUAUUAGGAUUUUGAUUUCAAACUGACCUCGGAAGCGAAAAUUCAUCCAGUUUUUUUUUAAACUACAGGUGGGGAAGACCUUAUCUUACCAUGGUCACGCGUUGGUCACGCUCUACGUCCCAUUUUUAUGCUCUGAUUGGUCAAAAUUUGACAGGUGAGUUUAUGCGGAAAAAUUAUGCAGCAUCUUGAAAGUAGUUUACUUUGACAGCUGAAGCUGACAGAGUUUUGUGUCAACUUGUGAUGUUUUUAACUGUCUUUUUCCUCUAGAGGUACAAAAUGAAAUACAGCCGCUAUCAAGAGUCUUCUGUUAUUCAUGGCUGGUUUGUUUACCGGGUUUUGGUUGAGAAAUGCGUCGCUUGUCAAAAUUCGGUAAUUCGAUUUCGGAUGGCAUCGUUUUCGUUUUUCACCUUGCUUAAUGCGUAAGAGGGUUUAAAAGUCUCAAGCAACUGUGGUUCCCUUGAUAGCUUUCAGGAACUGAAUCUCGAAUGGUAAGCCUAAGUAAUUAUUGUGUUUGAUGUUUGUGUUUCAUGAAGUCUUGCACUGUUCACGCUGACAGUUUAUGCGUUAAGUUUAUGGCGUUUGCAGGAUUUGAGUCAAUGAUCUGACCUAGUAGCAGGUUUCAUAUAAGCUUACAGAACUUUAAAAAGCCUUCAGAUAUAUUUGCUCACCACAAAUAGAAAGAAAACGUUCCGAAGGAUAUUUAGUUAUAAAUUUGGCUGUAGAAAGAAAACUUUGAGCGAUUUUCUUGCUUCGAGGAGUUCACCUUCGAAAACAGUAACAGUAAACACCGCGCUGGGAAGCCGGCUAAAACAUAAACUUAAGCUUUACGCUGAAAGACUCAGGAUUUUUAGAGACACUUUAAUACUUGUCUUCAUGAAUGAAAAUUCUUGUCUCUGUAAAUGUUUCACGGAAUUAUAUCUCUUUUUUUGAUUGUUAGUAGUCUCUCUUGCAAUUUUAAUCGCUUGUCCGUGCCGUUUGUUUUCAUCGUUCAUGACCAUCGCUUGCAGGAGUACUCAAAAAUGUCGCGCGUAUCAAACGCUUUAUAAGAUUACACAUCGUUAUAACUGAAACCAUUAAAUAACAAAACAAAUAAUAAUAAAUUCGCUAUUAUGUUGAAGCGUAACUCUGUUAAAGUUCAUUCAAACACUCGACCACACUGACAGCUCGCACUAUAGAAACGAGAACCAGCUGGCCGUAUGGGUGAUUUUGGAAAUUUUCUGAAAUUUUUGAACGGUUUGGCUCGUCCUGAAUAUUGACUGAGUGCAAUUUGUCUUGAAAAAUUGUAAAAUACCGCAUUCUGUCCUAGCUCUGUAUGAUAAAUAGUACUGUUUCACCUCAAAUGUGGUGUAUAAAAAUUAUAAAAGGUUGGUUUAAACACCCCCAGAUUUGUUGGCAAGAAUUUGUAAAGUAAACCUGUCGAACGCAAAAAAAUUUGGCGUGAUUUGUUUUCCAAGAAUUUGUUUUCGAGGCCUAAUCUACUGUGAUCGAAGAUGUUUGCUAUUUUUUGGGUGUACAUAUAAGGUUAUCAAUUCGAUGUAAGAUGUUUCACUCUAAAAUAACUUAGCCUUUCCCUCAAAAGUCACAUGAAUGUGCCCUUAAGUUGAAUGAUUUGUGGAUUAAAAGUUUAUUGUUUGAUUUAAAUUAUAAAUUUAUUAAAAGUGGAGCUUCGCUUUUAGCCCUGGCUAAAUCUAUAUAUUAUAUGUUGUACAUGUAAUAUAAAAAUGUAGUUUUUGCCUUGCUUUUUGUGGGUCACUGGAAAUUUUCAAGGAAAAAGGGGAUCUAAAGGCUGGAACAUUUAAAACAAAGUACAUGAUUGUAUUAAGCUAAUUAAACUGGAAUUCCCAAAGGGGAAGGGGAGCUCAAACCAAAUGCCUAGAUGAGUUAGGGGAGUAUAUAUAUGCAGUGCUUGAAUUAACAGCUUGUCAACAGACAAUGUUCAGUCAAAGUUAUAGGCUUUGUUCAGACUCAAAUCUUCCAGGACCAGACUCUGUCUCCAGUCAUUUAUAUAAUUGGUGCUUCACCAGCUUCUUAGCUGUAGAACUUUUGAUACGUGAGGUUUGUAGAACUGGGAGAACUUUUUCUCCUUGAUCAAUUCAAGUUUCUUUUACCAAAUGUUUGCAUACAUUGUAUGUGUUAAUUAUUAUUAUUUAUAAUAUUUUGUUGAUUUAAAAAAAAUAACAUUUUACUUCUUUGAAAGAAAUUUUAUCAUUAUUAAAAAUUAUAGUACCUGUAGGGCACUAUAUAAAUGAUGCCCCUUUCCUCCUUAAAAGUGAGCCCUCCAUGCUGUUUCCCCCUUCACUACCCCCACAACCUUUCCAGCACCUUAGUUAUAGUUAAGUGAAUGGCAGUGAUUUUAUUUCUUCAUGUUUUUAGAUGAAAUGGAUGUACAGCUGGAUGAUAGUCGCUAUGGUUACUCAAAGACAUCCUCUCGGCAGCAAAGCAUUCGUCAAGUCCUGGAAACCAUAGCUGAUAUGCUUCAGGAUGAUUUCAUGAGUGCCGUGUCAGCUCUGACAGUGUACACUGAGCAACUGAUUCAAGGAUUAACUGUGUUGUGCAAAGUGAACCCUCCUAGAAGUAGAUUCCAUAUACCAAAGCCAAGAAACCAGAAACCUAAAUCAAAUUUAAGCCUUUGUGGAUCCCUAGCAGGAGGCUUUACUCCAAGACUUUCAGAGUAAGUGCAGGGAACCAAAAUCAUUCAUCUUUUCAAGGCAUUUUGCUAAAAAAUCUUCAUAACAAAGAUUUCUUGGAUUAAUUACGAUGUAAAAACAAUUAUUAUAUAAACAUCAAUGACAAUUAUUAAUAUAUCAUUCUUCUUAUUGAAGCUGUACAACAGUCAGUGAUGAACUUUCUCGGCUUUGGAGAUUAGCUGUCCUUAGUCCAGGAAUUUCUGUAAAAGGGUAUGAAGAAGUUGUUGAUCAGCUGAGGACUUUGAAUGAAAGAGGUACUAUUAAUAAGUCUGAACUCAACAAGGUAACAAGUCAACUAGCCUAUGACUUACAGAAUAUUAACUUAGGCAUUAGGAUUCUUAAAUAGAAAAUUUCACAUUUUAUUACUCAUUAUUUUGAAAUUUUGAAUUUUGAAUGUGGUAUUUCAAAUUAUGGAUCAUCCAUAAUUUGAAGGUUAGAACUUGAAAUCUGUAAAUUACAGAUUUCAAGUUCUAAACUUCAAAAUUGUGCUGACCACCCCUCUUUGUUUGAAUAAUGGUAAGGUUUUUGUUAUCUGCAGUUUACAGAGGGCACUUUACAACAUUUUUUUCAACUAAAGGUAUCUCGAGUAUAAAAACCCCUACUUCUCUGCUACCGUAGCAUAACCAUUGUCUCAUGUCACAGAAAUCUGGGUCGUCAGCAUUGCAAGACUUAACCAGCAUAAAGCCCUUGCAGUGUUAAAAAUGAUAAUUAAAUUUUUUUUCGUUGCCCUCAGUUUCAUAAUAAAAUAUUAAAAAUAUGAUAUUCAUUUGUACCUUGCAAAUUCCAUAAGGUUUUCAAAUGCACCUUACAAUGAAAUAUUAAAAUUAAAUAUAUAGAAAGAAAAUUACAGUGCAACUACUAUAACCGAGGCCACUUAGACAAGGUCAGCCGAUCGGAUUACAGGAAAAUAACAAUUUGUUCCAAGACAUUUAGUUGUCAGUCAUAAUUACCACAAAAAAAAAAUAAACAACACAGAUCAAAAUCAACCAAUCAGAACUUACAGAGGUGACCUUUUGAACUUGCUGAAGAAAGCAUGUGUUUCCCAAGAGGUCCAUUAGAGUGACUUGCAGACUUGACUUGACUUUACUUGCUGACUUGCAGUUGCAUGUUAUUGCAAAGCGUGGUAAUAAGGGCAAAGAAAUUGCUGGUAGAAAUAGGUCUCCUGGGUAUUGUAUGAAAAGUUGCAAGUAGAAAAACAUUGUCUGUUGAAACAUUUUGCUUUCCUGGAAAACGUUGGCUGUAAAUAUUAAAUCUAGGGCUUUGAGUAACAUAUUGAUUUUUAUGAACUGCUGAUUGGCCAACAAUGAUAACCAUUUCUCUUGGAAUAUAUUUUUAACCAGAUUGGUCAACUUUGUCCAUAUAAGUGGCCCUGGUUACAGUUGCCACACUGUAAUACUAGUAAAUACAGUGUUAAAGUACAAAUUUAACUAUGUAAUAGGAUAAAAACCAGCAUUUAAACUAAUCAUGUAAUACAAAUAAGAAAUAAAAUAUAAAAUAACUAUAAAUAUGAAACAUUUAUAAGCUUAGUUAAAAAGUACUGUUUUUAAUCAAGUUUUGUUGAUGAAGUAAAAUCACUGGUAAUUCUAAUGUCAUAGGGUAAAUAAUUCCAUAGCUUCAAAGCAGCAACCACAAAGGCUCUGUUGCCAAUUAAGUCUUGUCUUGAGACGAUGGUGACAAGAUAAACUUGUUGUUUGUCUUUAUUUCUUUUUAUUAUCACAUAGCCUUCAAAGUAAUUAUAGUCUUCCUCUGCCAAUAAGACAGGAAACAUCAAUCGACUCUUUUAAACGCUCUGUUAAAACAUAUUUAUUUAAAAAGGCUUUUAGUUAGAUUAUUUAUCUAUUUAUUUAUUGUAAUUUUACUGGGUAAUUUUACUGGUUUUUAAUUUAGUUAUUAAUAAUAUUGUAAUGCGCUUUUGAGUAUUUUUAUAGAAAAAGCGCAAUAUAAGUAUUAAAUAUUAUUAUUAUUAUUAUAGUAAGGAUCUUGAAUAUGAGCUCACGUUACUACCCUUGUUGACUUAUUAGGAGGAAACAAGUGAUCUCAAAUAGUAGGAACUUCCAGUGAUACACAGACUACCUAACAUGUUUAUUUACAAAUCCUGUGUGUGGCUUUGUUUUUACUUUCUGUAGCUUUUGUGACUGGUCUGCUGCACCCAUUGCAUGGCCUGGAAGUGGCCAUAAAAUUAUCCUCAAUCGACUGGAAUUUACCUGACUUUCAGCAAGUACUUAAAGGACAGUGGACUAACCUCCCUGUUGUAAGCAGCUGUAUGGCUAUCCAGUUGACAUGCCAAUCAAAGAGUACUUAUGUGUCUAAGUUGAUGGCGCGAAAGCGGUGCAGCAAUGAUGUCGAUGCUGUGACAAGUACAAAGGAUGAUUCAAACAUCACACUUUCAUUUUACAGCCCUCACUGCAUUGCAUUCAGCUCUCGUUGCAGCAUUGAUAUUCACUCAGUAUGUUCCAUGAUCGAAGCUAUAAAUGCUUCUGGCCAUCACCGGCGUGCCAUGUGCCUCACUGUGGCAAUAUCAUAUGCUCUUGUUUCAUUCUACAAGAAGGUUCUCUUUGGACUGUGUGAUGCCUCAUCAAUGCCCAUGUCUGCCAGAUGCUCGCUAGGGACUGCAAAGUACCAAAGUGGGACAAAGGCAGAUAGCAACAAAGAAUCUGAUUGUCCUGCAGAAAUAGGUGUUUCCAGCGACAAGCCAUGCACCAGUUCCAUUUGGCCAGAGGAUACACUUUUGGCGAUUAGUACAUUUGCAUUCCUUUUUGAGUUGUUGUCAGAAAAGCCUGACUUAGUUGAUGCAUCCAUUGCAAAAAUGAGAACCAAGCUAAACCUUGAUAGUUGUUCUUCACGCAACAGUGCACUUGACUGUCCAAAGUCAGCAAUGUCUCUGAAGUUUCAGCUUGGAGUAGUGGGGUUGUUUCUGCAGAGGUUGCCUGCAUCAUCUCUUCACCAUGAGGUAUAAGUGUAGUGGAGUGUGAUAGUCAGUUUCGUUUAGUUAGCAUACCACAAGUAAAAUAAGAGAUGCUCCAAGUCAGAAAUAUUUAACAAUUAUCGAAUGAGGCUGAGUAUGAUGUGAAGAAUUAUGCAAACUAAGAAUGUUAUGGACUAAGGUGGGUAACAGCUACCAAGAUCUGCAUAAUUCUUAACAUCGUGCAAAAUCCAAAUUCAAUACUUAUUUUAUUCUGCAUUCAAAAAUAAACAAGCUUACCUCCUCAUAGAUGUCCUUUUUCGUAUCCUAUGUCUCUGCACGGUUUCAGGAUAUAAACUGAUGUGUUUUUCUUGCAGAUACUCCUCAAAAAGUAGGUGAAAUCCAUCGAGCAAUAUGUUUUGCAUGUUCUCGCAUUUCUUCCGUUCAGUUUUAGCCAGACAUAUCGUCUUCACAUAGCCGUGAACGCCAUUGCUUUUGGUUCACUGUUACCCAUUAGCAGUUUACCUAUUGGGUAGACUACAAUUUAACAAGCAACGUAGAAAUUAAAGUACUUUGCAUUUAGUCUAGUGUUUAUGAGGUAGACGCUGUGGAAAAACUGUUCUGCAUGAGUCUGGGAAAAUUACCUCAGUUGAAGUUGAAAUUUGUUUCUGGCAUGUUUAACUUGUACCUUCAUCAAUUACUUCAAUUAUUGACCGUUUGUUCAGCCUUGGAAUACCUUUUUUCUGCAUUCUGAUUCGUUUACUGGCCAUUUCGUUUGUCGGGUGGGAUGAAAUUAGAUAUCCAAAGAACUUUGAGUAAAGCAAUUAAAACGUAACAUUGGACAAUAACCGGCUUAUUUCUAGUAGGUAUUCUCUGUGUGUUUUAUUUUCAAUGUAGGUGGAACAGUACCAUUGUGAGUGCUGGCUAACCUACCAUCUGAUCUGCUGUAGUCCAGCAGAUGCUGACCUGUCAUUCCUCACACGUCUUGGACAACACGUCUCUCAGGGAGUUGCCACGCCCAGUCCAGCACCUCAGUCAUCGCUAUCACGGGUGAUAUUCCACCAUCUUUUUAAAAGUGCCCCUGCAGUGCUUAGCAAGACUCUAUCAGAACAACAACAUGUAGGUCUCAAAGCAGCGCUUAAUAUCUUGUCUCACGUCAACAAGUUCACAGUUAAAGAUAGCUCUCCCACAUGGAUGCUUUUUGAGUAUGCAAAUUGCAGACUUUGGGCGAAGUUAGCAGAGGUUGUUCUUCGCUCUGUCGCUGACUCUUCAGAGCUUUUGGAUGAAGCAAUGCGUUACGUUCUUCAACCCAACGGAAUGCUUGGUGCCCAGUCGAUGGACAAUGUGUCAGUUGAAACAACGUCGAGGAAAGUACUGUCACGCUUGCAGAACGUUGAGUUGUUAUCUGGAAAAUGCCGUGUGUCACAUUGCCUGGGACGAGUGCUUAGCGACAAACAGGGUAACUCUAUAAGAGUUACGCAGUAUAAGGCACAGCAAGUUCGAGGCACCAUGACAAAAGGAGAGAGUUCCGAGCUGGAAAUUCCAAGGAAGAUACAUGUAAUGAACUCUGAGGUGGAGAAGGCUUUGAAGCUCUGUGCUGUUCAGAUUGUUGCGCACAGUCUGUGGUUGCAGGGGUUCAGUGAUAAAGAUCACAUGUGUCAGGCUGAUUCUGUCAGGUACCUGUUUUGAUUAAUUCUAUACACUGUAGCUACACUGAAAUUCCAAAGUACAAUUUAAGUGAACAUGGUGCCAUUUUCGGAUGGGACAAUCCCCGCCUCCCUCCUGGUUACAGAUGACGAAAAUGGAAAGGUCCUUAGUGGGAAUCUCGUCGAUCAAUUACUUUAUAAAAGAAUUUUCUAAUACUUUAACAUUAAAAGUUGUUGGUUAUGUUAUCGUUUACUGAUUUCCCUUGCAUUUAGUCCUAGGUGGCUAACAGAUCUUGUGGUCAAUACUGGAGUUGAAAGUCUUGAAUGCCUUGUUCAAUGCAAGGGAGAUGUAACUACCAUCCUCAAACAAGGCGACCUACUGGAUCUUUGCGAGAAAGUUCUGAGGGUGAGCCAAUGGGACUGUGAAAGAAACAAAAGGAUUGGGGUUUAAGGGAUGAAUGAGAUGGCGUUUUCCUCUGAAGUUUUGAAGAACGUAAAGUGACUUUUCAAGUGACAUUGUAGCCGUCAUUGCUGUCGUGGAAUUUUUGCUUUUUUCUUUCAGUUCUGCAGCUUGGUGGAUGAAGUGGAUGUGCUCAAGUCGAGCAGAGUCAAAUAAAAUUUCUUUUGUUACCCUUUAAAGCUGCCUAUGCCUCCGACCCCAUUUUCCUUCCAUUGUAUCCAAGUCAUGUUGUACUUAAAUGUGAAAUAAUUUUUUACAUUUAUCAUUUACAGAGGCUUGAGCCAGAGACGCAAGUAAAAGCCAUUGUGCAAAACAUUCUAAUGUCGUUGUUACAAAAGGCCAGCCAUGGUAAAGCAGAAGAAGAUAUGAAGAGCAUCAUAUCUUUUUGCAGGUACAUGUAUGCACGGCAAAUUAGCAUUAUUCAUAGUUCUCUCUAAGUGUCCCCAGCUAAAUGUAAUUGGAGACAAUUUCCAGGUCGAAUUGGCGUUUACAAGUCAGCGCAAGGUUACUAGAAGGAAUUCUAUGUGAAUACUGGAGUUUUGCCUUGCCCAUGACACAAAGUGGUAGCUCAUCUGGCCUCAAAAGACUAUGAUUUACGAUUGGAUUUCGUCUCUUUGCAGUCUGCAAAAACUUGUAAUAACCAAACGUUAUUAAGUGCGGACAAGAUAAAUGCAGGGUGUUUUCGGCUGAUUGAAGGUCAAAACGAUCGUGCUCAGAUUACGAAUGUUAAAAGAUCUAAGCGCGUGAUCAUGGUUUUAUGUAUUCCAUUCAUUCUCAGUCGAAGUCCAAUCAAAUGCUGGCGUAUGCAUGAAAGCAACCUGAACGUAAGGAUUGCGUCUUCUCUAGAUCUGGUCACCCACAGAAAUAGUUUUGUAUCGUAGUUUUUUGGUGUUGCGGACAGUUGCAAUCACCAAAUUACGUAAUACAAAAGACUGAGAAUGACACAAAUACCCACACCCUAAAACAAAAGCGAACCAACAAUAGUUUCUGUAACACCAGAUUCAGUAACUGCUGGGAAUUGUUUACGGCUUGAGAAUGUGUGUAAUCCCAAACACUAUAACCAAGUUCUCACGUGAUGCUAGCUUGAUAUGUAAAUCAUUAAUUUGCUCAAGACAGCAGGCUGCCAAAAGGUUAGUUAAAAGCUUUUUUUCAGGUUUAAAUGAUUAUUGUUUAAAAUAUCAACUGAAAAAAGAAAGUCAUUUAGCACCGCAAGUUUGCUAGACGGUGUAGUGCUUAUUCGGUCGCGGCGCUCAUUCUAUUAUUGCGCCCUUUUAAAAAAUAUGGUGAUUCUUGAACUGCGUUCAGCACUUUAAGGAUCAUUUCUUUACGCAAAUACAUUUUGACAUGCAUUUCUAAUACAUGUGUAGAGGAAGGCGAUGUGACCUGCAACUGGAUUUACUGCCAUGGAUUUGCACAAGACUUCAAACCCUCAACGAAAGUAAGUCGUCUGUGCCGUUUGAAUUGCUCAUGGAUGCCAGCCAUGGUAUGCUGGAACAUUACAAGGAAAGACUGGCGAGAACAGAGAUUGAAAAAAGGAAGAAGAAGUCAGAAGAAAAACUUAGCAAAACUAAUUUGUUCCUUAGACGGCUUCCAGCAGGGACAACUGAUGUUUAUUUACACAAUUUAUGUAGUGGGUCAGUGAACAUUUUCAUUCUCAUUCAUCCCUCGUCAUCCCAGUCACCCCUUGUCAUCCCGCUCAUCCCUAGUCAUCCCAGUCAUCCCUAGUUAUCUCAGUGGGCCCAGUCACUCUUAGUCAUCCAAGUCAUUCCUAGUCAUCCCCAGUCAUCCUUAGUCAUCCUUGACAUCACUAUCAUGCCAGUCAUACCUGGUCAUCCCAGUCAUCACUAUCAUGACACCCAUCCCAGUCAUCCCUAGGCGUUCCAGCCAUCCAUGUCUUGCCAGUCAUCCCAGUCAUUCCUAGUUAUCCAGUCAUACCAGUCAUCGCUAGUCAUCCCUGGUCAUCCCAAUCAUCGCCAGUCGAUUCCAGUGAUCCAAGUCAUUCUUAGUCGUCCUAGUCAUCAUUAAUGUUGGUAAUAAUCUUUCUGAAAAGCUCCCGCCGAGCGAUAUAAAUCCCACUAAGUUUCGUGGAAUCUACGCAGAUGAAGUUCAAGACACGAUCAUGGGACUAAAUCUGAUCAAAUCUUCCAUAGCCCCCCAGAUGUAUUAAACUAGCAUGUCCUUUUAAAAGUGAGGCACUUUUAACAAUUUACAAUCAGUCCUUACAACCGUCCCAGGUAUACUUAAAAUAUCUAAAAAAAACUCCUAUUGACAAGGGGGCGAUGCAACCGACCCGGCGAAUUAUCGUCCGAUUACAACUCUAUCAGUUCUUUCUCAAGUAUUUGAAAAAUUGAUGUUUAAGCAACUUAGUAACUACAUUGAAAAGCACAAUAUUCUGUUUCGAUACCAAUUUGGAUUUCGUAAAGGUCACUCAAAAUCUCAGGCCAUUACCGAACUCACUGACACUCUAAGGAAGGCCAUUGAUAGCAACCUAUACACCUGUGGUGUUUUUCUAGAUUUCUCGAAGGCAUUCGAUGCUGUAAAUCACGAAAUAUUACUUAGUAUUACUUAUUAGAGGUCUUCCUUUAAAAUGGUUCAGUAGCUACUUAACAAACAGGUAAUAGUACAAUGCGCUAGGAGACAGAAUCUCCUAUGCAAACUAUGAGGUGUGGAAUCCCCCAGGGUAGCACAAUUGGGCCAUUACUGUUUCUUAUUUAUAUAAAUGACUUGCCCAACUACUCCGAUGAGUCAAGUUUCAAAAUUUUUGCCAGUGAUACUCGGCGAAUAACCUUAAACCCUUGAAGUUCUUGUGAACUCUGAACUUGAGAAGGUGAAAGAAUGGUGUGAUGUAAAUAUGUCAAUAAAUACAGCAAAAACUAACUUUAUGAUAAUUACGUCCACUAAAUAAAAGGAUACGUCAGUGAGUAUUCAGAUUAGGACAAUGAUGGAACGUACUACUCUCUGGUUCACAAGGACCAUAUUAAAUAUUUAGGGGUAAUGACUGGUGAUAGUAUCUCAUGGAAAUACCAUCUCAUAUAUUUGACACGAAUAUAUCAAAAUUAAGGCACUUUUUAUCUGUUAAGCAACUUAAGCAAAUUUACUAAUUUUAAAAUUUAUCCUUACAUCUCAUACGCAAUUUUGGCGUGGAGUAGCACCUAUAGCUCGCACCUAAAAAAGUGUAGAUUAAGCAAAAUCUUGUGGGUAGAUUAAUAUUCUUUGUAAACACACAUGGUAAAGAUACCGAAAGUGCUCUCCCAUUGCUGAAUUUCCUAGACUUACUCACAGUAUACAGCGUUUAUUCUCUGCAUGCUUUAAAAUUGCCUAUCUCUGGCAUAAAGGUUCACUACCCAACAUAUUUCGCGACACCUUUCUUUAUGCUGGGGAUGUCCAUAACUAAAACACGAGAUAUGCAAUUAAUCAAAACUUCUAUAAACCACGUGUAAGAACGAAUACUGGCAAGCAGAUGAUUUCAAUCGAUCUUUGGAAAAGCAAUAAUAAACAGUACCACAAUACCUUACAGAAUUGAACGAGUAUGCUUUUUCAAACAAAAAUCAAACAUCAUCUACUGACCGAGCAAUAUUUGUUGAAACCUAGCACCACCUAAUUCUGCCUAAACUCACUUCUUUCAAAACUUGUGCGUAUUUUUUUUUUAAAUAAUGAUUUUUUUAGAUUUUGUUUAAUUGUUAUCAAUUGUUUCUUUUCUUUUCUGUCAUUGUGUUCUUAUUUAUUUAUUUAUUUGUUUAAUUUUGCUCUUUAUGGUUCAUCGCCUGUAUUUAUUUUAAACAUAAUUGGUAUUAUGGUGGCCGACUAGAAAACCUAACGGUUCACUUGGCCAUCGUACUCAAACUUUCAUAUUAAUUCUACAGCAACAUUUUCCUGUAAUCUGUAAAGUCUGUAGCCUAGCAUUAGUGAAAAUAUUGAGGAAAACUAACUGAACCUGAACCUGAACCUUGCCAUGACUAUUAUGCCACCCAUCCGAGUGAUGCAUGUCAUGCUAGUCAUCCCAGUCAUACCAGUCAUCCCUGGUCAUCCCAGGCAUUCCUAGUCGAUCCCCGUCAUGCCUAGUCAAUCCCGUUAAUUACAGUCAUCCCUAGUCAUCCCAAGUCAUCCCAGUCAUCCUCAGCCAUCCUGGUCAUCCCUAGGCAUAAAAGUCAUCCAAGGCAUCCCUGGUAAUCCAUAGUCACCCCUGGUCAUCGCGAGUUAUCCCUAGUCAUCCCCGUCAUCUCUAGUUAUCCCAGUCAUCCCUAGUUUUUCUUUUAUCCCUAGUCACCCCAGGUCAUCCCUGGCCAUCCUUAGUGAUCCCUAAUUAUCCAAAGUCAUCUCAGUCAUCCCCAGUGGAUUCCAGUCAUCCCUAGUCGAUCCCAGUCAUCCCGCUCAUUCCUAGUCAUCUCAGUCAUCCUUGGUUUUCCCCAAACAUCCUUAGUCAUCCCGGUAAUCCCUAGUCAUCUCAGGUCGAUCUUAGUCAUUGAAAGUCAUCUUAGUGAUCCCUCGUCGAUCUUAGUCAUGUCUAGUCAUCCGUCGUCAUCCCGGUAAUAGGGAGCUUACGAAUCGACGACUUUCGCACGACGCCGCCGCUGGGUCAACUCAUAGUUCUGCGUUGCCGUCCUGUAGAAAUUUGAAUUUACGAUUCGUAGUAAAGACGACGACUUUGGUGCGCGCGGCAGGCAAAUUUUCCCGCCAUUUGUGAAGUUUGUUUUCUUCUUUUCACAAGUAAGCUUAUUUGUUCAACGAAAAUGUCUAAAUUCAUAAGAGAAACGAGAGCUCGUAUUGAAGACGCUUAUGGAAACAGAUUUAUAAAGGACCGAGUAUUUCACUGUAUUUGUACUUUUAUGCGUUUCGUCAACAAACUCAGAGUUAACUACAGAUUUAGACAAGACAACAAAGGACGAAUGCAAGGCGCGUUUAUAUACAGGGAGGGCAUUUAUAAACUUGUUGAACACGCAGCUGUAGUUACUGUGAUGAGAUAACCACUUGCAAUGGUCUAGUUGUAGCUUUGGUACCAUCUUGCCAAUAUGGUUUCACUCGGUGUUAAUUUAUGUUUGUCUACAGCUAGCUAGGGUGUUGAUUCUUCGGGUCGUUACUCCAAUGGAAACAGGCAAACAAAUCGAAAACAUAUGUAAAAAACAUGUCUCUAAUGUGAUACUUGAAUUAUCUGGAAAAAUCCGCUGAAGUAUGUAGGGAAAACUUUAAAAAUUAGUCUCACGUCCUGCUUUUUCUAGGACGCCGGCGAAUCGCUGUCAACAACGGCGUCGACUUUGGCGCGACGCCGGCAAGUGCCCAGAUCAGCAUGCGCAGUAAGCCUGUCACACAGUCCAACGGCGUCGUCGUGCGAAAGUCGUCAAUUCGUAAGCUCCCUAAUGCCUAGUCAUCCCAGAUCGAUCUUAGUCAUUCAAAGUCAUGUUAGUGAUCCCUUGUCGAUCUUAGUCAUGUUUGGUCAUCCUUAGUCAUCUGGUAAUGCCUAGUCAUCUCUAGUGGCACUAGUCAUCCCAAUCAUCCCUAGUCAUCUCUUGUCAUCCCAGUCAUUCCUGGUCAUCCCGAGAUCCCAGUCAUUCCUGUUUUUCUCGAGUCUUCCAAGUCAUCCCUAGUCAUUCCUAGUCAUCCUAGUCAUCCCAGGUCGAUCUUAGUCAUCCAAAGUCGAUCUUAGUCAUUUCUGGUCAUUCCUAGUCAUCCUGGUCAGCCCUAGUUAUCCCAGGCGUCCUUGGUCUUUCCUAGUUAUCCCGGUGAUCCCUAGUCAUCGCCAGUCAUCCAAGUCAUUCCUAGUUAUCACGGUUAUCCCUCAUCAUCCCAGUCAUCCCAGGUCAUACUUAGUCAUCUCAGUCAUUCCGGUCAUCCCUAGUCAUCCCUAGUCAUCCCGGUCAUUCUCAGUCAUCCCUGGUCAUCCCUAGCCAUCCCAGUCAUCUCUAACAUUUCUAGUCAUCCCGGUCAGCCCUAGUCAUUCCUGGUCAUCCCUUGUCAUCCUUUAGGUCUUCCAUGGUCAUCCCCGGUAGUCCCUCGUCAUCGUUUGUCAUUCCAGUCAUCUCUACUCAUUUUGAUCAUCAUUGGUCAUCCCUAGUUAUCCCAGUCAUCCUUUGUCAUCUUUAGUCAUCCCAGUCAUCCAACUCAUUUCUAUCAUCAUUGGUCAUCCCUAGGCAUCCUAGUCAUGCCUAAUCAUCCCUUGUCAUCCCUAGUUAUACUAGUCAUCCCAAUCAUCCCUAUUCAUCUCUAGUCAUCCCAGUCAUUCCUGGUCAUCCGAGUCUUCCCAGUCAUUCCUAGUCAUCCAACAAUGUGACCAUAGUCAUCCCUACUCAUCCCAGGUAUCUGUUGUCAUAUCAGUCAUCCCUUUUCAUGCUACUCGUCUCUAGUCAUCCCAUUUAUCCCCAGUCAUUUCAUUCAUGCCGUGUCGUCGUAGUCAGGAUGACUGUGAUGACUAGGAUGCCAAGGGUGACUGGGAUGACCCAAUCCUAUGUCAUUCUAGGUUUCCUUGUCAUCCUUGUCAUUCCAUUCAACUUUAGCAUCCGAGUCAUCCUAGUUAUUAGAUUAUUUUAGUAUUGUGACGUCACAAACAUUUAAAUUUCACAAAAAUGCGAUUGACUGAGAUGUUUAGAAAGAACGAGAUUUAAACUGUCCAUUUCUAAAAAUUUGGCUGGUUAGAGCAAAUUGGUGGUGGGAUUUAAGCAACACUUCGCUCUGAUGACUGUCUGUAAAUCUUCUAAAAUUGACCUGGAUCGGAAAAGGUACGUUUUAAGCUAAUUUUUGAAGGAUUUGUCUGGAGUCAUCCAAGCAACCUGGUGCAGUUUUCAUUUUACUUCUGAUUAUCCCACCAAAUUCAGUAGUGAUUUAAAUUUAGUUUUAGUUACGUCAUCAUUACUCUACUCUUAUCCUAAUCAUAAGGGGUAUUUCAAUUAUCCCAGUCUUCCUACUCAUCUCAAUUACCUUAUCAUUCCUGUCAUCUUAGUCAGCCUUGUUAUCCUAGUCAUCCUAGUCAUUUAAAUCUUCCUAGUCAUCCCAGUUAAAACUAGUCUUCUCAAUUAUCAUCAUCAUCUCAUCCAUCCCUGUCAUCCUUGUCAUUCCAGUUGUUCCAGUCAUUUUUGUCAUCCAGGUUGUCUUAGUUAUCCUGUUGAUCCCAGUAAUUCCGUCAUCCAAGUCAUCCUAGUCAACCCGUUCCUCAAAAAGGGGAGGUUUGGCUAAUGUGGAAUAGAGGAGCAACAAAAUAAUCCUUUUUUUGGACACUCUUUCCUCCACAGAUAUGGAAGUAUUGUUUCCACAAAGGCUGUUGUGGAUAAAGAAACAAAUGAAUUUAAAGGUAAUUCAAUGCUUUUCCUUUUUUAACGUCUUGGGCACUUACAUGUAGGUUUACAAUGCAAUAAACGCUGUCCCCGUUUAGUCCAUUUUGGCUUUACAAAUGGGAGGCCGACCUCCAUUAACAAGGCUCACAUCUAAUGCCAGUCCAUUUAAUUAGAGUUGUAAGUAUUUGACUAUGAUCAUCCACACUUCCACACGUCAGCUCGCUCGUAAGGAUCCACUGCGUUUCCACCACUUGUGACGUCAGUACAAAUUGUCACUGACUACUUUUAUAGCCUUUUUAUGUGGGAGGACAAGGUCGGUUUUCUUAUAACCAAAUGCGUGGUAUUCAACCAAAUACUUAUAGAGUGGAAAACUACCCAAACACCGUAUUAAGUCGACCAAUAAACGGGGAUGAAAGAAAAAGAGAGAGAAACAGAAAAGGUUAAUAUCUGACUUUGUGAAAACCGUGAAAUCUUUGAACCCAGCGGUAAUGUUUCACAUUGUUAAGAUAGGUAUCAGUCGUUGUAUCCAAGGUUAAUAAUGGUUUCUUAUUUCUAACAGGCUAUGGGUUUGUGAAUUUUGAGACUGCAGCUGAGGCCCAAAGGGCAGUGAAGGCCUUGAAAAGUAAAGGAAUUCAAGCCCAAAUGGCAAAGGUGUUAGGCCUCUGUAUAUAAGCAAUGUGUCAUCCUCCUUGAAUAUUGAAAAUCUUUUCACUUGCUUGUGAAUUUUUCCCUUGGCCCAAACUAAAUAGGGAGCAUAAUACACUAUAUUUGCCCUCGCCCCGCCUCCGCCAACAAAAGUUGUUGUUUUCAUAUGUUCUUGGGGUCUUGCAGUUCUCCCAGGUAUUAUUUGAAAAUAACAGCUAAUGCAAGAUUUUCGGGGGGAGGGGGCGAACAGUGUGUAUUCAGGGGGAUUUGAAAAUAGAAAUGGCGAAAGGCGAAUUACAAAGAUCACCAUCAUUUUUGAUGGUAUUCAUUGCUUUUAUUGUUUACCGUUCGCCUUUUCAUGUAAACGCAAUGCCUAAUCUUUCUAAUGGAUUCUCUUCAUCAUACUGACUCUUUUGUGCUCUUUCAUCAUUGAAUUCAGAACUUACAGUUGUAUUAUCUUUUCUGUCUUUGAAAGCCCAAGCAUGUCUGUAACCCUUAAAUACCGAUUAUUUUGCUGCCUGCGGUAAAGGCUGUGUAGACCCCUGAUUAGCACGUACAUGUAAAUGCAAUAGCAGCUAUCGCUCGAACAAGAAUAAUUUAGUACAAUACGAUGUUAUCAUUUUUCUAUACAUUUUAUAUCGCUGUUACCUUACAGCAUACAUUUGUUUUCUCCUUAGCAACCAGAGAAAGACCCCACAAAUUUAUAUUUUUGUCGCCUUCCAACGCAUUUUUAUGAAGCAGUAAGUCUGAAUCUUACUUUAUUCUGUGUGUAGUUGUAAUCUUUAAUGGACAAGGUCUCUGUAGAUUACGCAACAAACAUUAUUUUUUCCUACUCCAAUGAUGAUGUUUAAUUACUGAUCGUUUUAUGAGCCUUAAAGUUCGUGUGACCUGAACCCUGUUCUUCUCCAAAGAUUGUCAAAAUUCAGCAUGACAAGCCGUCAUUUUGGAUGUAGAUUACAGCCUCGUCCUCCUGUGCGUGACAUCCUUCUGUCUAAUUUUGCGAAACUUAGUAAAAAGAAAAAGAAAAUGAAGAUUCGUCAGUUGGGACCUAACUACAAACGAAAUUAUCCCUUAUCUACACCAAGGUAAAUUUGGAAAGUUCAUCGAUAGCUUUCUAGAUUGAUCGGGAACUCUUCAGUUCAGUGAACCUUCAAACGAACAAAUUGAUUGGGAAUAUUGUCUAAGUUGAGAGAUAUUGGUGGAUUACUUGUAUUCUCUCUGUUUAUGAGGGUGGUGGGGAGGGAAGCAACCACGCUGACUUUGCAAAACAUUUAUUAUGAAUGUAGCAGUUUAUAGGUUUGUCAGCACCUUAGCGUGUUUAAAGGUUUCCAAUCUGGCCAAUCCUUUCUAUCAGAAAGUGUUAACCAUUCUAGAAAAAAUAAUGAAUUGUUACUGUUUUUGUUCUUAUAAGGAAUUAGAAUCCUUGCUAAAGGGAUAUGGUAAAGUAAUAACGACCAGAGUAUGAUUGAUUGUGAUUGAAAAGUGAAUCGCUGAUGUUCGCUCUUGGUUUAUUGGAAAUCGUUUAGAUAGAUAGAUAGAUAACUUUAUUUAAACACGGUUAAAAUUCCUUCAGCAUGUACAAAAAAUCUAAGAUCUAUUAUACCUAACUACACUAACUCUGAUUAAAAAUAUAUUCAUUAAAUUUUAACUACCUAGCUAUUUACAAAUAAAAGCUGCUUUUCAAGGAUGCCGUGUAAAACUGUAUUAAUGUAUGAUCUCAUUCAAAACUGUUGCGACACAGUUUCCGUUUAAAAUCAUGUAAAGAAUCUGCAGAUCUUAAAUCAUGGGAUAGGCUGUUCCACAGCUUAGCUCCGCUAUAGGAGAAACUUUUCUUUAAAUAAUUGGUACGGUGCAGUGGAAGGACUAAUUUAUUUUCAGUAUUCCUCAAUCGAUAAGAAGUUAUUCGUCACGAGAUACAAAUUUAGAUGUUAUAUAGUCGGCAGUCAUCCCAUGUACGGUUUUAUACAUCAUAAUAGCCGUCGAUACUUGUCUUUGUUGUUUAAGCUUACGCCAACCCAGUGCCAGGAACAAAUCGUCCACAUUACAAUCAGAAUUAGCGGACAUUAGAAUACGGGCUGCACGAUUUUGGAACCUCUGCAGCUUAUCGGAAAGACCAAUGCCGCAGUUACUCCAUACGACAUUACAGUAAUCAAAAUGCGGUUGAAUUAAACUGUCGUAAACAUUAAUUAAUACAUUAAAAGGAAUAAGAUGUCGUAUUCUUUUAAUUGCACCCAAAGCAGAAGCAAUCUUUUUACAAAUACUCUGUAUGUGGCAUUCCCAGCUUAAGUUUUGGUCAAUAUGCACUCCAAGAGAUUUUGCCGUUGACACUUGCAUCACGGGAUGGUCGUUUAUCAUAAAAGAAGGAGUUUCAGAAAGCUUUGAUAGCUUCUGCCUCGACCCAACUAACAUAAACUCAGUUUUAGUCAAGUUAAGGGUCAGUUUGUUAGCCGAUAGCCAUAUAUACACCUUGUUUGAAUCGUCGUUAACGCAAUCAUAAGCUCCUAUAGUUUCUGUUAGGUCUCCUCGCCACUUCUUUUUUUUUUCUUCUUCUUCUUUUCCUAUAUUUUUUGUAAUUAGUGUGGCAAAUAAAAUAAAAUAAAAAAUAAAAAAAUCAUUUAUGAGUUUUAAAUCUGCGCUGGCAUAGGUUAGGCUGGUGUCAUCGGCAUACAUUCUAGGUUGUGAAAAAUGCAAGCAAUUAGGUAGGUCAUUAAUAUACAGUAAAAACAAUAAAGGUGCAAGAAUUGUUCCCUGGGGAACACCACAUGUAACUAAUUUUGGGUUUGACAUUGAGCAAUUAAUUUGGCAAGUUUGGGUACGAUUUUUUAAAUACGAAGUAAACCAUUCGUGACAGGAACCGCGUAAUCCAUAAUAUUGUAAUUUCGUUAAUAAGAUAUGAUGAUCAACUGUGUCGAAAGCCUUUUUUAAGUCUAAGAAGACAACGGCAUUGACAAGGCCACGAUCAACGUUCACUGCCCAGCUAUCGAUAGCUUCGAGUAAUGCGGUUACCGUAGAAUGUAGAGAACGAAAACCAGAUUGGUAACGGGAUAGAAUACGAUUCUCAGUAAGAUAGUGAUACAACUGGUCGUAGACUACCCGUUCAAAUACUUUGGCCACGACUGGGAUCACCGAUAUUGGUCGAUAAUUGGUGGGAUCAUUUCGUUUACCAGAAUUUUUAUACAAUGGAGUAACCCUAGCCGACUUCCACUCAUCGGGAAAAAUUCCUGUCAACAGUGAUUGAUUAAAUAUUAAAGUAAGAGACUCGGCAAUUAGAUCAGGGCACUCCCUUAAUAAUUUAGCUGAUAUACUAUCUAAUCCAGUGGCCUUUGAUUUACAAAGUUUUGAAAGGAGAGAAUAAAUAUGAGCAAAUGUUAUUUCCUUGAAGACAAACUCCUCAGAAGUUCCACAAAGAAACUCUUUGUAGGUGGUAUCAACAUUGGAAACAUUUCGACUAAGCCUUGGUCCAAUCUCAAUGAAGAAAGUGUUCAACAAUUCAGCAACUUCUGCUUGAUUGCUCGAUUUUAGUCCCUGAUAUUGUAUUUCAUUUAUUAUUGUUUUAUUAGAUUUGCGGGAAGUCAAUUCAUUGAUGGUCUUCCAGGUCUUACGUUGAUCACUGGCAUAAUUAUUAAAAGAAUUAUUAUAAUAGGCCUUUUUAGCAGCCUUGAUUUCCUGAUUUACUUUAUUUUUGACCUUCCGGAAUCGAUUCCAAGAAGACGCAUCAUUAAUUUUAACAGCUUUUUUCUUUAGCCGGUUUCUGAAAUUCAUUCGUUUUUUCAAAUUUGUGGUAAUCCAAGGAGACUUGGUGGGACGGGUGUGUUUAGUUUUCACAGGGGGGUGCUUAUCACAAACACUUAGGAAUAAUUCUUUCCAUUUUUUCCACAUGUCAUUGGGGUCGUACAAUUCUUUGAUAUCGUCCCACGGUUGCGUCGAAACAUCAUUACGGAAAUUGAUCAAUAGCGCGAAAACUGACUCUCUAAUUAUUGGCACCCGUCAAUAACUUGAAAAAACAUCUAUAGAAUCUAUUAUCAUUGGUGACACCGUCAUUAAACCUUUAGAAAGCGUCCGGAACCUUGGGUCCUGGUUCGAUGCUCAUAUGCGAAUGAAUGUUAACAAAGGCAAGAUUUGUAGCAAGGCUUUUCGCGGAGCAUACAAAAUAAGACAGAUCAGAAAAUUCCUUACCGUGCAAUCCACAAAGACACUGAUCCAUGCCUUUGUAUCUUCGCACCUUGAUUACUGUAACGCAGUUCUAUUUGGUCUACCUAAAUAUGAACUUGAUCGUUUACAGAAAGUUCAGAAGGCCGCGGCUAGAGUGACUUUUCAGAUUGCGAAAUUUGAUCAUAUCACACCCGCUCUUAUCGACGUACAUUGGCGUCCAGUAAUGUUUAGUUUAAAUUGCUCCUUUUUGUUUACAAGUCACUACACAACCAAAGUCCCUCCUACAUUAAAGAUCUUUUAUGCCUGGAACCAGCUGCUAAUUAUGCUCUUCGUUCGUCUGCACAAUCUCUUCUGUCCAUUCCAAAAGUCAACUGCUCUAUACUUGGGGACCGGGCCUUUGCUCAUGCUGCACCUGUUUUAUGGAACUCGCUGCCAUUAGCUGUAAGAACAAGUAGCAGCCUCGCAAUUUUUAAAAAGCAACUUAAAACAUUUCUUUUUAAGAAAGCUUUUAAUUUGUUGGAAUACUUCUAAUGUUUAAUUUUAAUUUAGUUUGGAAUUUUCGAAUUUCAUUUUAGAUUUUACCAUUGCAUAACAUAUUAUUGUUAUUAUUAUUAUAGCUUUCAGGGAUUUUCAAAUUUCAGUUUUAUGUAUUAUUUGUUCAUUAAUUUUUACUUAAUAUAAAGCGCUUUUGAAUAUUCUUCUAUAGUUUUAGCGCUAUACAAAUUCAUUAUCAUUAUCAUUAUUAGUCUUCAAAAACUCGUAAUUAAAGCUGAACCUCUCGUUAGCGACCAAAAGGGCAACAUGCCAAUAUUUAGUGUUCACUUAGAGGAGGUGGACGCCUGAAAAAAAAAACCAGGGUAUCUCGUUCAGAGACUUUUCAGAUACUUCUUAACUUAUUCGGAGAUAGAGCGGUUUUCACUUGACUGUCGAAAGGGAUUGGUUUUGGUUUUGGUUUUGGUUUUACUACGCCCUUUGGUUGGCUAGUGUAUUUACUUUGGUUUUGGUUUUACGACAGUCAAGUGAAAACCGCUCUAAUAGGCCCUAAUCAUUCAGGUGGAACAAAACCCCUAUGCUGGAGAGCAAGAGAUGCACUGAGAUGAGGCUAAAACUCCUUAAUAUGUUGCCUUAUCCCAGAGACGCCCUUGUGCAGGAAAAAGGAAAAUAGGUUUAAUAAGCAAAACAACAAGUUUGCACACGCAUCACGCUUUUUUGUACAUUUCUUUGCCGUUACUGCACGACUACGAAGUGAAAAUGCCUAAUUUCACUUCUUUAUGGAGGACGUAAGCAAGCGACGACGAAAUUUUCUUUCUCUUUCCAAACUUAAGUGCGGUCCCCAAGAAAUCAACUCCAGGGAAACGUGCCUAAUUUAGACAUUUUCAGUGAAUUGGAUUAAACGCGACAAAGUUUGAAAAAAGGCAAAUUCAUUUUAUAAAAGUGACGUUUCGCUCCCGUCGCCGUCGUCGACGCUAAAACUCCCUAUUUUGUUUUUUUUCUUGUCCAAGGGAGGGCCUCUUGCUCUCCAGCAUGGCAGCUUUGCACCUCACGAAUGACUAGCUGCAAAGGGUGUAUUUAUCGAGUUCAAUUUCUAUAAUAAUAAUAAUAAUAAUAAUAAUAAUAAUUUAUUACUUAUUCGGCGCAAAUAUCUAUAUGAAUAUAUUCAAAUGCGCCUUACAAGUUACAUUAAAAUAAUAAUAAAAUAAUAAAUCUAAUAUAGUAAAACUAUCCAGUCCAUAUCUAAUAGAUAAACUAAAAAUUACACAGAGUCAAAAAUGUAAAAUUCUAAAAAAAAAUAACAAGUAUACGCUAUACCUGCAGUACCAUGUUUUUCUUAAAAACCUCCUACGGGAGGCUUCAAAAACGUAGCUAGUUAUAAAACCGUCACCCCAAAAAGUGCGCGCUGUUACUUUUGAGAGACCCGCCUUGAUUACCUUAGCUAACUGCGCGUCAUUCAGACUUAUCUGUUGUAUGUCUCUACGAGCUGUUUUUUUGGACUUGACCGUGCACAACGCCUAAUAGCAGUCCUAUCGUUUUGAACUUGCUAACGCAUAGAAACUUCUCAUUAAUUUAUUCAGUCACAAUUUGUGAUCAAAAUCAAAAGAUUGUGCAUGGAGUGGGACCUCCCACCUAGACUGCUUGCAGUCCGCCUUUUCUCUUAAAAUUCGUCUAGUUCUUAUCUCAUCCAGCGCGAUUGCAAACCACGACGUUAUUAUUACAAUAAGGGAUUGAGACCAGACGAGAAAAGACGGACUGCUGACUCUUUUUUUAGUAGACAAACCCUCCGUCAGCCCAGAAACGGAGUAACCGAUUGGUCAAUUGUACAGCUGUUGACAGAUAAUUGACUGGUCUGUGGUAAGAUUGCAAGCAAUAAAAAUAGUCACGCGUCACAACCAACUGCAAACAAUAGCGAACCAAGCAGUAAUCUCAGUAAUAAAACUUUCAAGGAUAUCUUACACAAGGAAACUGCUCUAAAUUUCCUCAAAGGAAACGAAUUCAAGGCAGUCUUACCGGAUUUAAAGAAACUGUUCAGUUGUUUAUGUUCUAUUUUAUAAAUCUUUUCAAGUUACUCGGGUUGACCGGGUUUAAUUGAUUAAUUAAAUUACCUUGACAGCUUCGUUGUCCCCAGACAAAAGAAACGAGUCAGCAGUCUCUUAUUUUUUCUUCUCAGGCUUACGCCCUCGUUUCUAGCGGCUCGUAACCUGAGAUCAGGCCCAAUUUGAGCGGUUCUCAUACAUUCUCUCUAACGGCUACCGCUAAAAUUGGGCCUGAUCCAAACUCAUUCACGUUUGUGCUCGUUACGGCCAGAUUUUGGCCGUAGCGCUGAUUGCCUGUUAGAACAAUGCCACAAGAUCUGAUUGGCUGUCGGAAACGCCGGAAGUUGAAAGCGCUUAUUCCUGGCGUGGUUGUUUUCGCGAAUGAUCCGUCGUCGGCGGAAAGAAGGAUCGAUUUUGCUGUCUUUUUUAUUGUUUUGUGGUCUUAUGGUAGUGCCAUGGAAAUUCAUAAAAUUCAUAUGGUUGUUGAUAUAUUCUCAGGAUUUGCUUUAUUUACGGAAAGUGAGUGUAUCGCGGAGUUGAAUCCCUCUGCAAGUUGUUUACCGCUAACAAGGUGCUUUUUGAUUUACCAACAAACGGGUGCAAAUCACAAUGCUGUCCAUCUUAAAACUGGUUUCAGUUGAAAGUUUAGCCGGGAAUGACUUCUCUGAACGUGGUACGCAAGCGGAGGCUCACUGCGAAAGAAACCUCAAUCGCCAACUGUGAAGUAUUAGACGAAAAACAUCGCAUCGCUGUUCAAGGAGUGUUAACAGACUGGUUGUUUGCCUUCGCUGUUUGUAAAAAAUAAACCAGGAAAACUGCUGUCCUCGCUCGUUGGCUGUUUACUUUUGUUUUUAAAGAUUUAUGUACUGAAAAUCGGGGGAAAAUGCCGAGGAAAAUAUAAAGGCAAAAGAAAAAUAGAAAUUUCAGUAUUUUAAAUUCGAGCGCGCCUAGCCAAGAAUAAUAAAACUAGUAGAACAUCGUGUCGCCGUCUUUUCGAAAACUUUUUACCUUCUACGCUAACAGAAAUAACCUUCGAGAUCUCCCUUAAUCUCGCAAGAAGUUAAAUGUGAUUGUGCUGACUGUUUUAUUUUUAGCGGAAAAAAUUAACAGAUUAAAGCUAUUUUUUAAGUCAUCCAGUCUGCAUUUUUCCCACGCGUGAAAAAUUUGCAUCCUGGAAAAACAAGCAACGGAAGUAAUUUUGGUUGGAUGAUUCGGCAAAUGUCAAUCAAAAAAAGUGGGCGGCAGACGUUUCGUAGAAGGUUUGUAUCAGGCUCUCAUUUCGUUUCGCCACGCCCGCCGGACUGUUAUUUACAAAGCGAAACGAAAAUAGAGUCUGAUCUCAGGUUACGCGGCUCGCGGCUUUGUCGCUCGCGUGCUUAGGUUUCGCGUGCAGUAACUUAAAUUGCAAAGAAAAAUAAGAGACUGCUCGCAGUCUAGCUCCCACCAUAAACCGUAGCACCGUUGAUUUCAUCUCUGACACUUGCCGGUUUUUACAACAAGUCUCCUCUUGUAAGCCUAAACGAUGCUUUCUUUCCAGUGGUGCUGGAAUGAUGUCUUACAGUUAUAAUCUAUUUGUAGAAUGUAUUUAACUCCAGUUGCUAAUUUUCGCUACCUUUUUUUUUCCAAGACAUUUAUUACUCUUUUACUUUUCGCUACCUGAUCAUUUUUCUCAUUAGAAUGGAAAAUAAACAGAUUUGUAAGAAGGUAAUUAAAGACUUGCAUGGAAAAAAGAUUCAAGGUAAGAAAGGUACCGCGUCAACUGUAGCAGUAUUCAUUUAGCGAUUAUUGAAUGAGACUUAGAAUAAUCUGAACCUCCGAGAUCCGCAUAAUACUUGAGAUCAGUCCGUCCGUCCGUCUGGUCGUUUUAUCCAGUUCAUCUGUCCAUGCGUCCGCUCCAUGUGUCCGCGUGUCUGUCCUUUUGUCCUUUUAAUCCAUGACUUUGGUGCAUCUGUCCGUCCAUCCAAUCCGUUUGAUCCGUCCUUCCGGUCUGUUUGGUCUGUCUGUCCCUCCAGUUCGUCUGUCCUUCCGUCCGUUCAUCCAGUCUGUUUGGCCGUCCACACGGUCCUUCUUUCCAGUUCAUCAGUCCGUUCGUCAGGUUGUCCGUCCGUCCGGUCCGUUCAUCCAGUUCGUCCGUUUGUCGGUCCAUCCAGUUUGUCCGUCUGUCCUUGUUUUCCGUCCGUAGAUACAUGUAUAUCCAGUCCGGUUGGUCAGUUUGGUCCGUCCCGUUUGUGUGAUUUGUCCGUCUGUUUGUCUGUCCAUCCGUUCGUCCAAGCAUAGGUGAUAUUUAUUUUAACAAAAUGAAGAAAUGAAUUUGGCACUCAUACUGAUGAGUUAUUUACUAAGUAUUAUUUUGUUCGGUUGACGUGGAAUGAAAAACUAACAGAAAUUUUUGCUUACUUUUUGCAGGAAGUGUCGAAUCACUUGUUGUAAAUUUUGCUGAUCUGCGACAGCAAAGCUAUGGUACGAUAAACAUUACUGCGAUUAACAAUACUUUGUAUACUAAACCUGCGGCUUCUGCUCUUUUAUUAAUCUUUAGUUAAAAUUUAAAUACAGUGGUACUAGAGCAAUAUUUUCUAUGAAUUGGACCCAAUAUUUGUAUCGGGCAUAGACGAAAAGUCCUGAAGGUUUCUCCCAUAUUUUCUGUAGAAUGAACCUGUAUAAAAUAAAGGUUAGCGGGGAUCCCAUCCAUGGAUGGCCACUUGAUACAGGUUGUAUGCAAUUAAAAAAGUUUUACGCCUGUAGAAUUGAUUGUAGCCUGUUGUAAGUAGUAGUUUUCUUUUGACUUUGUCUGUAAGUUUAUUGCCAGUAUCUUGAUGCCAUGGAUGAUGUGGUCAAAAAAGGAUCGGAUGCAAAAGUUUGUAAUCACACUGAAUACCAGGCACAACAUUACUUAACAGCCAACCAACCAUCUUUUCCUAACUGGAUGGUGUUUUUUUCUUAACAGAUAGCUCUUGGCCAAUUAAUAGGCGACAGGAGGUGAGUAAGAGUUUUUUAAAACGUAAGUCGCUUACCAUUGUGAUUAGUCAGAAAUGACCGACCAGGCCAGUCCAGUCAUAAAACGAUAUCCACUUUUAAUCAAGUCUUUCCAGCUUGCUCAGCCUGUUCCUAAAUACUACACACGGCAGCGAUAAACUUUUAAAGAAAACUCUCGAAAACAACUGGUACAGCCAGUUAUUGCUGAUUUUUAUAGACUUAGGUUUAGAUCCCCUCUUUCUAAACAAAAGAAGACUGAAUUUUGAUUCAUUCAUUUGGGCAACGACAACUGCAAUUGUUUUCAUCUUCUUUAAUAAUACUUGCUUCCCAUUUAUUUAACGUUACAUUUCUAGCACAUUGGCUAAUUGCAUUUUCCGUUAUAGGGACGACCAUUUUACGGUGAAGACUCCGACGAUGAAGAAACCGGCGACAGAAAUCCGUUCAGGACUGCUGAAGCACACCCAUUUCUUGAAACCGCAUUUAAUCUGGGUAUGAUGGGUUUAGAGAAACUCGGAGAGAAGCUGGACGAUCCAAGCCGCGACAGGGCCCAGUAUCAUCUCGCUUAUACCCAUGUCUCCCCAGUCAAGAAGCAUUUGAGUGAACUUUGCAGGUUUGUAGACUUUUAGCCAGAUAUAUCUCCAUUGUACUCGAGUGUUCAUUCCGCCUCCCCCCUCUUAAAAACAAAGAGUACCGUGAAAAAUUACUGCUAUUUGGUUUUAUUCAAAUGUUAACACAAUGUUAUUUCUCCUACAUACUUAAACGUUAAAGCUAAGUUACAUAUCUCCGCUGUAAGUAGAUACUCUUUCCAUUAAUAAGACUCUUUCUCUCAAGGCAGUGUGUUUUUUUCUCUUGAUAUUUAAUAUUGUAGCAUGAAAUCACUGCUACGUCUAACAAAUCAGCCCAAAGCAAGACACAGCAACCUUUCAACCUUGAGAGAAACAGCAAACAUAAGGAAAAUCGUUUUGAAACUCUUGCGCUAGAAGCUGUCCGCGAAGUCUUUUUUAUUAUUCACGAUCAACAGUGGAGAGAUUACGCCAUUUUUUGGUGUGUGUUGAAGUAUUUUGAGAUAGAGGCAUGGUUUUGCCUAACUUUGGGUCGAGAACUAUUUUCCACAAAUGCAGCAAUAUUUAAUUUGGAGCGGCAGUUUUCCUGGAAUUCUAAAUUUUUUUAAGUAGCAAGAAUUAUGGAGAUUUACUCGUUAAUACAUGUAACGGCCUUUUAACACCAAACAAAAGUCAUUAAGUCUCAAAGUUACAGAGAGAUUUGGUUUGAUUUUGAAUUAGUGAUUAAUCCUGGUGAUGCUGCGCCUUUAAUAAAACGGCUCUACAGAUCGUUUAUUUAGCAUAACAACAGAACCCUCCUCCGUCUUCCAGCUGCUGUAUUUCUUAACGUAUCAUUCGCUUUCCAAGGUAACCUUAAAUUAUGUCUUUUUUCAAGACUUGUAUGUUAUCUGGUGAAAAAGAAGUGGUUGACGGGAGCACUAAUUGUGGCGCCUGGGAACAGAUCUUCAAAAACGGAGGACAGACCCUUAGGGAGUAUUACUGUCAAUCCAUGCAGCUGCCAGUUGGAAGAUGGUAAGUUGUGUUACCAAUUUUCCCCCUUUUACGCGGCAAAUCAUCCAACGCUUGUUUAACUGAAUUAGCUUAUCCCAAAACGAAGCGGAAUGUCGAGUAGAAAUCAAAAGAAAAAUGUGUCCUUGUUGUCAGUCGAGUAAUGCAAUACAGUCGCUAAACGUCUUUUGACACCCCAUUGAUACUCGUUAAUAUUUAACUAUUUUACCUUAAAGAUAGGCACUGAGUUAUCUUUGGACCAUUUAUGAGAGCCUUGCUCUAGGAAAUCACCUUUCUUCACCUUGCAUUAGGUUUUUCCUUUUUAUAGCCUAUUUCCCUUAGGCCCGGUUCAGAGGACUUACAUCUCAAGAGCCGAAUCGAAUUCAAAUUUAGGGCGGCCGAGUUGAUUCAGAUGCCGAUCUUUAUUCUAUGCAGCCGAACUUAAUUCAAAAGGAGAAAUGUCAAAAUGCAUUAUAAAUAGGCAUCAUUAAAAUUUAUGCGUUUAGUUCAACUCAUGUGAAGUUCGCCUCCUUAAAUCAACGCUGGUGCACAGCCAUUACUCCCGGCUGAGCUAGGCGCGAAGAACGGGAGAGCCAAUCUAAAAUCCGUUAGCCAUUUCGAAUUUAUUCAGACGUCGUAUUCACAUGAACUUUUUUCAUUGAAUUCUCUUCGGCUCAUGUGAAGUACGGCGUUUGAAUCGGGCCUUACUCACCUUGUUUUCAGAUCAUUCAAAGAGUGCAUCUAAGGAUUCUUGUGACAAAUGCUUCCUUCAAGAGUUUGUUACGUCCUUGAUCAAUAAUGUCGACAAUCCAUUGCGGUUAUUCGAGGUGCUUCAAGAGGUACUUAAAAAAAAAUUCCUUUCAACAUUUCUUAGCAGUUUUGCAAAUUGGUGUACAGUCAACUCUCUUGACGGAUACCUCCCCAAAAGCACUGGUGACCUAGAAUUAGUCCCUGCUGUUCUACAGUCUUUUUAGGUUACACAUCUCCCUAAGACUGGUGUCUGUCUUAAAAAGAGUUGAAUGAAGAGAGUUUAUACAAGACAUUAUGCGCAGAGGGGGCCUCGAAAAAAAGGGUUGGGAUGGGAAUAGAGGUUUUUUGGUGAUCCGAACGAUAAACAGGCAGCUAGUGAACUAUCGAUAUGGGCCUCUACUACUUGGAAACGAGGAAGGACGGAAGUUGUGAAUACUACUGUCACAGGAAGCAAGAAGCACAAAACCAUUUGUUUCAGUUAAUCAUGUGAUCAAAAGGCUUUAACUGUGUGCGGGAAGCCCUAAUAGUAGCAAAACAAUAGCGUAUAAAAGAACUAGCAGAACUACUGUUUUGUUUAUAUGUUUAUGCAGUCACCCGCACAUCAAAACAUUAAACCCUUUGAAAAAGAGUUUUCAAUUAAAUUGUAAAUUAUUAUGACAUGAAAGCCUAACGAAAUUUGGAGCUUAUAUAAAUAAGCUUCCUUAAACUAGAUUACUAAUUACCUAGCUAAGUACAGAGUCUACAGAAACAUAAUGAAUUGUCAGAUCGACUACCAAGGAGAUAAUGGUGAAGAUUAAAAAAAAAUGUGGAAGGAGAUCUAGUUAAUGGAACAGGCAACGAAUUCGAUAUGUUUGGUUCUCUAGCGAGUUUUUCUUAUAAGCCACUUUGACAGGUUUUCCAGUUAUUUUUAGGUCCAUCAAUGUCUUGGUUAUUUAGAAAAGUAUUCAUUGGGUGAUUGAUGUUGGCCAACUCGCCUGCGACUUAAAGUGACUUAGCUGUAACGUAAUCAUGCAAGUCAAACUAUGGAAAUGUGGUGGUGGAGGGAAAACAAUAGAAAUGUGGUGGUGGUGGGAAAACAAUAGAAAUGUGGUGGUGGAGGGAAAACAAUAGAAAUGUGGUGGCGGUGACAGCGUAGAUUAUCCAUAGUGUGUCGUUGGUGGUGGGAAAACAAUAGAAAUGGGGUGGUGGAGGGAAAACAAUAGAAAUGGUGAUUUUAAGUCCCAGGUGAGAGAGCGUUAAUUCUUUCGACAAUAUGAACCAAGCAAUGGAUACUUUUCUUAAGUUAAGCUUUAGUCAACCAAUCAAAAACCAAGACAUUCAGUGACCUAAAAAUAACUAGAAAACCUGUCAAACCGGCUAAGACCCUCAAAAUCGCAUAUGACCUUAUCAGUUCCUCUGCAUUUUAUUCAUGAGCGUUAAGGCCUGUUUACAUGGAGGUGGGGGACCCCAGGUAGGUGAGGUAACCCGCUAAGGUGGGGUAACCCGCCUGUCCAUGUAAUCACUCAUUUUAAUUUGAUCACGUUUACAUGAUAGGUGGGGUGACCCGCCCAGGCGGGUAGCCCGGUCUGCCAGACCGGAUAACCCUCUCAGCCGGGGUCAAAUUUUGCCAUGUAAACGUUUCAAGGUGGGGUAACCCGCCUAGCCGGGGUCGGAUUCGCGAUACUGAAUUCGUGCAAAAUUCACUUUGGCGGUAGCUUUGCAUCAUUAUUAAAGGUAACAAUAGAAAGCCACAGCACUUGAGGUUGCAGCAAGAACAGCAAGCGAGUUUAGAACAGCAUCAAUCACCAAAAAACAUGGUUUGCCAGCAUUUUUCCUGUUUACGUGCUUAGCGACCAUUCAGUAAUCUUGAGAAAGUGCACCCCGGGAUGGCGGGGUUGUAAGAUUGCAUGUAAAGGAGGGUUAUUUUUUUACCUUACCUAAGUGGGUUACCUCACCUAUCUGGGGUCCCCCACCUUCAUGUAAACAGGCCCUAAGAUAAAAGGUUUUGAUGUCGUCGCAUUUCACGGCAAAUUAAUGACAUUCCGCCACAAGUUAAUUCGGUGCGCCCUAUACUACUGGCGAGAUUACGUUUUCAUGGUCAUGUUGUGUACGUACGUAAAUUUUACGCGCGUAAAUAAAAUGGAAGCAAUGUAUGGAAUAUCACGCGUAAACGUAAAAGUUGAGCGAGAUACAACUUUUGCGUGUACGCGCGACCUUCCACACAACACCUCUAAUUUAUUUACGCGCCUAAAAUUUACGCGACAGUGGAAAUCUACCCUUUUGGUUCAUUUCCUGUGUCGCGUAAUUUUUACGUGCGUAGGCAGGGCGGAUAAAUGUUGGGCGGUGAAACGAGCGCUCCGCUCCUCAUUUAAUGUGUGAUGCGGAGUAGCACUGGCACGAGCGCUCUUUCCGCGCUUCCGGUGCGCUUGAAGGCCGGCGAAAUUUCCCUUUUUGCAAACCAGAAAUCCUAUUUUCUUUCUGUAAUUUCAGGCUACAAUGUUAAAUAGAUAAAUUCGUUUCAUAACAAUAUCAAUAAAACAGUUUCAUAUGUUUGUGUCUGUAUGCCUAUAAGUCAAACGUGUUGGUCGUAUAAUGCCAAAAUUUGAGGUAAUAUAUCAAACAUGAGACGCAGUGUUGUAUAGUGGCGUUGUACUGCUUCAAACUUUGCUUCUCGGGUGCAAAGCGCCAUGGCGAUUCGCGCAAUGCGUCACAAAUCCGGCAACCGCAUGUAAACAAAAUUUAUUGAGGUUAGUUGUAAGGUUUUUUCUCCGUUUUUCUCUCUAAAACAAAACAAGGUAAACAGUAAUGACUGAGGGGAAACUAAUUUUGAAGUUUCGAAGAAACAGAAAGACGUUUGAGAUAUUUUUUUUCAAAAUUAAAAAGAAGGAUGAUGGUGAUCAGAAAUUAGCAUAAUUUCACCUUGCACGAGCUGCACGCAUUUACACGUCAUCUAGUUAUGAAACACGAUCUGCUGCCUUUUAGUUUUGCCAUGGAUGACUUGUAUGAGAUUUUCCUUCGUGUUUUAGACAGUACUUAGUUGUUUUUGUUUUGGAAUAACAUCGACAUUGGCGAGUAGUAAAACGAAAAUAUAAUUCAGUGGUAGAGUCAUGGAAGUAAUAAGAGAAACCCUUUGAAAGAGAUGUUUGUCUAUUCCAAUUAAACCUCCCGCAAAAAAUAGCAACAUUUGCCUCUCGGAGACAGCGUACCAGCACAAAGAAACGAGAAAGAAGUGCAAGAAAACAAAUCAAGCCUCCAUAAUUCAGUGACGGCGGCAGUUUCUAAUGGACAAACCACAUCGCAAGCCCUGACCGAAGUCGAAAACAAGCGACAUUUCUAAGCAGAGUCCCAGUCUACUCUAUCACACCUUUUUGCUCGGAUGCGCUCGUUUCACCGCCCAACCUUUAUCCGCCCUGUGCGCACGUGCGUAAAAUUUACGUUCGCAAAUGAAAUAGAGGUAAUUAUAAUGUAUAAAAGGUCGCUCGUAAGCGUAAAAGUAGAACCUCGCUUAACUUCACGUUUGAUCUCAACACUUUAUAUGUUGCCACUAUUUUAUUUACGUGAUUAUAAUUUACGUGCGUCAACGUGCGUAACCAAAAACGCGUCAGUGGAAAUCAACCUUUAGGGUGGAUUUCAACUGUCGCGUAAUUUGUACAUGCGUACGGGCGUAAAGUUUACGCACAUAAAUAAAUUAGAGCCAAUGUAUGAAAGGUGACCGUAAACGUAAAAGUUGAACUUUGAACGCUCAACUUUUACGUUUACGCGCGACACUUCAUACAUUUUCUAUAUUUCAUGUACGCACGUAAAAUUUACUCGGUAGUAAAAAUCCACCUUAAGAGAGGAGUACGCCUUGUACAGAGACAAAGAAAACGACCGAAGAACGGCAAUGAUAAGCUCUAGGCUGUCUAUGUCUCAUGGAAGCGCCCAGUUAUAGAUCAAGAUGGUUAUCCUCAGUCUCUUGAGCUACUCUAAAAUUGCCUUUAACCCAUUCGCUCUUGGAGAUUUUGCCGAAAAACGCGUUUUGAAGCUAGUCGAGUGGUUUUCUGGUCACUGUCGUGCUAUAAAGAGCUAAAACUUACCACAAACUGGUUUACAGGUCGAACACUUCGCGGCCUUCUGAUCCAGAUGCAAAAUAUCAGCUUGAGAAGUUCGGGCAUGUGCAGAAAGCAAAAUUUGGGUUUAAAAGUGACACAGCAGUCUUGACUUUUACUUUUCGCUUUCUCUCCUCCCUUCUUUUUUUGCUGGGCAUUUAGGAGGCUUCAUUUUGGUGGGAAGAGUUUUUAGGAAAGCUUUUAGGAUCUUAGGAUUAGGUGAAAGGAAAGGUAGGUGGGUAAUGGAACAAGAUUUUCAUGGAGAUUUUCAGGUCAAUGUCACGUGGUUUUUUGCUUGUUUCUCCGGUGUCCUUGACUGAAUUGUGCUCACUCUGGUAUGGUUUGAAAGAUCUCUUCACUCUGCACAAGUUAACGAAGAAAGUUGUCCUUGACCGUUAAAACUGAUGACGUCACAAUGGGUAGAAAGGACCUGGAUCCGCACGGGCGGUUACGGGCGGUUCAGGGGCGAAUGGGUUAAGAGGUAAAAUUUUGUCUUUGACCGUACUUAAUAUUUUGUAUUCAGUUAGAAUUUUCGCAAACGAAGAAUUAAAAGGAAUACAGUGGAACCCCGUUAAUACGACCACCUUUGGGCCAUGGAAAUUUGGUCGUAUUAACGGGGUAGGGUCAAAUUAUGGUGCAAAAUACUACUACAUGCAUACCUUUAAUCCGCUAUAAAUCAACCUUUUUGCAGUUAAUUAACAACCUUACAACUGCAAUUCAAUGCAACUAAACAAUGUAACAGUAACGAAACCGAAUAAUGAGAAAAACACUGACUUCUUUCAGUUCCUUGUUAUGAAAGGAAGGGGCUUGUGAAAUGUGGGGGAGGAUACGGGAUGGAAAUCCCAUGCGUUUACAAGUUUACUCGACAGCCAAGAAACGUUGAUAUGCUUAACAAAUUAUUAGACAUUCCAAAUAACCGAUCUGUGAGAAAAGAACAGGAAAUGGACUCGAAGAGAAAAGCCACAAUGGAAGGCAGCAGAAACAAGAAGGCAAAAUAACUUUGAGAGCCUCGAAAUGCUGCAAAGUGAAGUCUUUCAGAUCUUUGGAAUUUAUUUAUUCAUGCAUCCUUUUUACUGAACACUGCAAUUUACCGGAUGUCAUACUAACCACUAACACCUUUGCCUAAAAACAUUCAAUAAAAUAUUAGUAAUGCGUUAUUGUUUGUCAGAUUGUAUCUGUUUUCAUUCAGCAGCCCCACCAAACAUUUUGACUGGUCGUAUUAACGGGGUAAUUUUAUAAAGAAAAUAACGAUCCAGGACUCCCAAAGGUGAUCGUUGGUCGUAAUAACGGGGUGGUCGGAUUAACGGGGUUUUUAGAUAAGAAAAUGACUGGGCUUUUGUUCGGGCCACAAAAAAGUGGUCGUAAUAACAGGGUGGCCGUAUGGCGGGGUUCCACUGUACAGUGAGCAAUGGUAGGGUUCACGACCCUCAGUAGUAUUGCUGAUUUUUUAAAAAACUAUUUUCGUUCAGCUGGGAGUUCAAAUGUGCGCCGACAUCCGUGACAACGGUUGGCAAUCAGUGCAGGAAACACAAAACGUCCAGAUCCAGAACGCUUGCCAGAGCUAUCCUCUUUUAAACCUUCUGCUGAAAAAGUAAGUCUUCUUAAUUUGACGGUCUUAAUAAACUCAGGUCUUAAAUCGUUCAAAGAAUCGAUCGCAACUUGGAUCAUGCUAUUACUCUCUACCCCUUUAGCGCCGAUCUAAUUAUCCCUGCCCACCUCUCUUCUUCUCAUUUCUCUUUGACGCAUUUCCACUGUUUUCCCUUCCCUCCCUCUCCUUCGCCUCUUUACUUGAUGGAACUUUAAAGAGGUGGUAUUUAAGCAGAAUUGCAUGCUUUUUAUUUUUUUCCUGGAAAAUGUCUCUUUCGUUGAACUCUAACACUCAAGGUGCCACUAAAAAGUACAUCUUUUCAUACUUUUUUCUCCAAUUUAGGGACUUGGAUGCCUUCUCUAAGCUUCUCCUAGGUCAGCCAAUGUCUGACUUGGUCGCAAAAGUCACUCGCACCUGCGACCAGCGCGAACUGGAGCCGUCCGAAAUCAUUAACGAGCUCCGUCGCGGCAUGAUUGUUAACACUAACUUACAGGAAGUACUGCAAGCUGCCAAAAGAGCUUUUAGUGUCUCAGACUCCAGCGAAGCCAUGUUUAAAAACUUGACUGAGGAGUUGGCAAAUAAGCAUCCAAUCCUUGAGCAGCUGCUGGAGCGAGUGUUAAAGGACGAUUGGACUGGACUGUACGAAAGGAAUGUUAAGAAAAAAAAACGCAAAAAGAGGGCCGUAAGGAAUGGAACAAUAGAUAAUUUUUUGAUGUUUGAUGAGCCUUUACCCGAAAACGUAGACUGAGGAGCAGCUGCUGGAGCGAGUGUUAAAGGACGAUUGGACUGGACUGAACGAAACGGAUGUUAAGAAAAAAAACGCAAAAAGAGAGCCGUAGGAAUGGAACAAUAGAGAAUGGUUUGAUGUUUCUGAUUUAAUGAGUACUUGCUUAAAAAAGAUGAGUUAGCUACUACACAAGCUGGUAUUCUCGUUACAUACAACCGCUUUGUAUCAAUGGUGAAUGGCCAAAAUAUACCUGUAGUACUCCGAAUUUUAUACAAAUGGAACCAUAUUAGAAAAAUACUGUAUUAAUUAAAGCUGAUAUUCAACUGCAUUUCAUGCUACAAAAGUUGUAAACUGAGCUGCC